GUGUGUGUGUGCAGACAGCUGCAGGUGUUGGCUGAAACAGAACAGCUGCGUAUGACAGUGUUGGAGAGAGUUUCUACCUGGCCAAGGCAUCCAUCCGUCAGCCUGUGAAGAGAAAAGAAACCUCACGCAAAACACAUAAGAGCGGGAUUUACACACGCAAGUGUUUGGGAAAGCUGUCAAAAUGUUUAAGAAGAAGACUGCGAAGAGUACCCUGUCUCCUUCAACCACCUCGUCCUCGAAAAAGCUCGAUCUGACCACUCUGAUCGAGAAGCUGCAGAGGAAUGCCGACAAGGUGGAAAAGAACAUCUUGGAGACUGAGCAGAAUCUCAACAAGGAUGUCCUUAAGAUCAACGAGGGCAAGCAGCCGCUAUAUCAGGACUCCACCAACAGAACAAUUGAGAACUCGCUGCUCAUGCUAAACGGUCUGGACGAAGACGCAGCCGAAGCCAAGCGCCUGCAGCACCCGCAGGCUGAGAUGAUCGAGCAAGAUAUGAAGCAGCUGCGUGAGCGUGUGAAGAAGCUGCGGACCGAUCACAACCAUAUUUACCACCUGACACGAUCCGAAGGGGUUCCCAGCGUCAACUGGGGCAAGAUCAUCGACGAGAAAACGGCAAAUCUUAACAACAAAGGAUUUGGACAAGACCUGCCCACUAUUGAGAAUGAAGUAGAAGAGCACAAUAUCUUUCACAGCGAAGUGGAGGCCUUGGCUCCUUACAUCGGUCAGGGAGACAAGGACUACGUUGAUGGCCUGCAGCUGAAAUACAACAAACUUAUGGCAAACUCUACAGCUCGUCAGAAGAACCUGCUGAGUCUGAGAGACUACAUGCAGCGCUGCACCAACGAGCUCUACUGGCUGGACCAGCAGGCUGAUGAACGCAUCAUGUACGACUGGAGCGACGCCAACCUCGACUACCCUGCUCGUAAAAGGCAGUACGAGAACUUCAUCAGUAAGUGCCUGGAAUCCAAGGAGGGGACGGUCACUAAGCUGAGCGAUGACGGGGAGAAACUCAUCGCUCAGGGACACCCAGGAAAGAACGUCAUCGAGGCGCAUAUGGAUGCUGUUCAUGCCGACUGGAAGGAAUAUCUCAACCUGCUCAUCUGUGAGGAGAAUCACCUGAAGCACAUGGACGAGUACCACAAGUUUCAGAAGGAAGCCAGAGACACUCAGGACCUGCUGAAACGCCUGGAUACCGAAAUCAACCAGAAGUACAACCCUGACUUUAAAGACCAGUACCAGUUGGAAGGCUUGCUCACGGACAUGAAUGACCAAGCGAAGGCCAUGGAUCACUUUGAUGAUCGCGUGAAAACCCUUCAGAACCGAAGCCUUCAGGUUCUGCCCUUGAAGUACCGCAGGGAGGCGCCACAAAAACUCGUUCCCGUCGAGGCGCUGUGUGACUUCGACACAGAGGAGGGGCAGGUUCAGCGAGGAGCACGCUACACACUGCUCAGGAACAACGGGCCCAAAUGGGAUGUCAAAGACUCGGCCGGACGCACCAUGGCAGCCCCCGGAGUGUGUUUCUUCAUCCCGCCUACUGACCCGGAUUCAGUCGCCAUCGCUGAGAAUCUCGUAAGCCAGCAGAAGGCCAACAAACAGAAGCUGGCGAACAGCAAAACAGCGCUGCAGGCCCGCCUGGCUGACCUCAAGAAGGACAACACGGGUGGUGGACAAGAUAAGCAGGAGCUGCAGUGUCGCCAGCUGAUGGCCGGACUGGAUAAAGUGGUGAACGACCUAGAUAAGCAGGAGAAAGCCAUUUAUUCCCAAGUGCGCCCCCCUCUGGAGCAGAGCCGUCCCGUACAGGACAGCGCCGAUAGGCAGCAGAACCUGAGGGACAUUUCCUCCAUCGUGCGUAAGAUCGAGCCGGAGAAGACGUCCAAAAUCCGCGAGGCUGAGACUUUCCUCAAAUCCACCCCCAAGUGUGCCAGCGCUCCACAGCUCUCCGCCAAGGUCGACACGACUUUCAACAAAUACAGCAAGGUUGAGCAGCUGCUCAAGUGUACAGAUGAUAAACUUCAGAACUCCAACAAGCUGGAGCGUUCAAUACAGGACUGCAAAAGCCUGCUCACGCCCUACGAGACCAGGCUGGCCAGAGAGGAAGUCGCUCCCUCUGACCCAGCCUCCCUGGAUAAGGCUCUGCGUGAACUAAAUGACAUGAGCUCGGAGCUGAGGGCGAAGAAAUCCAUCGUGCCAGACAUGGAGAGUAAUCUGAGGACCUCGAAACUCAGCUGUGAUAACAUGGUGAACAGAGUGCAGGAGCACUGCCCUGACAUCGACCGGCAGGAAGCCGAAGUUCAGAAACUGUCCAAGCGCUACGACAACAUCCUCAGGCAGCUCGACACCAGAACACAGAGUCUGCAGAGAGCUAAAAAUUCCUACAACAAUUACCGUAAUGAUUAUGAAAACCUGAACAGCUGGCUCUCCCGUGUGCCGAACUACGAGCCUCACGAGACCGACACGGUCCAACAGGUGGACGGGAAACUGAAAAACCAAAGAAAUCUGCUCUCUGACCUCGCAAGGAAGGAAUCAGACCUAAACAACGUCUCGAGAAACGCACAGCUUUACCAACAAGCAAUCAAGGAUUAUGAAAACGAAGCUGAAAGGUUCAGGUCCAUUCUCGACCUUGAAGACGGCCUGGUGUCUCAAACGUACAAGAGAAGCCGUCUGGAAUCUCCUGCACUGAAAGUCAAGGGAGAGGAAGCGGCUAUUGAGGCCAAAUUCACUGAGGUCAAUGCUGUGAACAAACAACGUUUACAGAACCUUGAGUUUGCACAAAGUCUUCUCAAUCAGCAAUCAGAGAUGCAAGUCAUCCAGCACAACGUUCAGUCUGUGAGAUCGUCUGCUCCAGGAGAUGAGUCCUGGAGAGUUAAGAAUCAGCUGGAGGAAGAGAUCCUGAGAAGACAGCAGCUUGAGAAGGAAAUCAAAACGAUUCAGACCGACAUCUACGUGCUGGAAGGACAAAGGCCACAAGACACGAUUGUCAAGAAAGAGCUGAUCAAGAAGGUUCCUGAUCCUCAGUUGGACGAAGAAAUGAGUAAAGUCCAGCAGAGGCUGUCUGAUGAACGCAGGACCACCCGCAUCCUUGAAGGCGAACUGGAUACUCUACGCGUGAAGAUACGGGGCAUUGAGACAGAAAUGAAGGAAGGCGCUCAGCAAUACACGGUAAAAGAGGUACUGCGCAUCGAAAGGGACCGGGGUCAGGAGGAGGAAGUACGAAAGCUAAGAGAAGAGCUGGAGGAGCUCAAGAGACAAAAGCUAGUCAAGGACAACGAUGUCAUCCAGAUCCAGAAGCAGAUCACGAUCCUGUCUGCUGAGAAGAAUAAGGAGCAGGAAGUCAUCAAGCAAGAAGAAGUUAUAAAGGUGCAAAAUGAUCCUCAGCUCGAGACUGAGUACAGGUUGCUCAUCGAAAGAAAGCAGAAAGAAAUCGACAACCGAAAACAGCUGGAGGACGAGCUCCGAUUCCUGCAAGAAAAGCUCAAGCGUCUGGAGAAGGAAAAGGCCAUGGCUGAGGAGAAGGUCUCCAUCAGAGAGGUACUCAAAGUUGAAAAAGAUAUCGCUUUGGAGAGAGAGGUUGAUGGCCUGAGACGGCAGCUCGAGGAGGAAAAGUCAAAGCGCAUGUCUAUUCAGAGAGAAAGAACAGACAUCCAAAGGAAAAUUACAAGCCUUGAGGAGGAAAAGUCCAAGGUCAUCAUUCAGGAAAAAAUGCGUGAGAUCGUCAGGCCCGAUCCCAAGGCAGAAGCAGAGGUGGCUAAUCUCAGACUUGAACUUGUAGAAGCGCAAAGAAGAUCCAGAGACGUGGAGCUCCAGCUGAAGUCCACUCAGGAUGAACUAUUGGUGCUAAGAAGCAGAGGCCCACAAGUCGAAAUCAAAGAAAUCAUCAAGGAGGUUAUCAAGUACAAGAUCGAUCCAGAAACUGAAAGAGAGCUGGAGAAACUGCGAAAUGAAAUCGUGGACAAGACGCGUCUGACGGAGAAAUUUGAAAUUGAGAUAACCCAACUGAGGGAUGAGAUUCAGAGAUGGAGAGAAACCAAACCCCAGGUGCAGACCAAAGAGGUGGUUAAUGAGGUCCUUCAGUAUAGAGAGGACCCUCAAACCAAAGAAGAAAUUGAGACCCUCAAGAAGAGGCUGGCCGAGGAGCAGAGGAAGCGCUUGGAUCUAGAAAGAGAGCGUACUACCAUUGAAGAAAGGAUCAGAGUCAAGAAGAUCGACUUAUCACAGGUCAGGGAGAAGGUUGUGCAGCAAGAAGUGGUAAAGAUGGAAGAAGACCCAUUGCUGAAGUCUGAAUGUGUGACCUUCACUCAGAACAUCAACAAUGAGUUGAAACAGAGGGAGCUGCUGAAAGACGAGUUGUCCAGGCUGCAGCGUCAGAAGGCUGAUCUGGACCUCCAGCUGGAGGAGCUUGAACGUGAGCGCAGAUCCAGACGGGAAGCCGAGCUUGAAAUUCAGAGACUGAGAGUCCGGCUUAACGAGCUCGAGAUCAGGGACAAAGAAAACAGGGAGAAGGUCACAGUCAAACAAAAGGUCGUUCUACAGCAAGACCCACAGCAAGAGAAAGAGCAUUCUAUCCUGCGCCUUCAGGUUGAGGAAGAGAGACAUAAGCGUGUGCUUUUGGAGAAAGAGUACAAUGCUCUCUUGCAACAGCAGCUAACUCUGGAGAGAAUGGAGGUCCGGGAGAAAGUGGUUCGCACUGAAAAGGUCCAGGUCGAGAAAGAUCCAGAAGCCGAGCUUGAGAUCGAGAGGCUGAAGAGAAGUCUCGAAGAAGAAACGCGACGCCGACAAGAGCUGGACAUUGAGCUCAGCUCCUUUACCACAAGGCUGACUGAAAUGGAGUUUACACACACAAAGUCAUCCAAGGAGCUUGACUACAUCCGCGACGAGAGCAGCAGGCUUCAACAGGAGAACCAGCGCCUGCAGAACGAGAUCAGAAAACUCCAGGCUGAAAUCCAUAUCACGUCGAAGGAAACCAGGCAAAUCACAGAGUCCGCACCUAUGGACAACAGCAGGAACCUGGAAAUACGGCUAGAGGCGUUGCAGAAAGAACUUUUAGACCUGAGACGCAUCACAACCGAGAAAGAUGAAGAAAUCGAAAGGCUACAAAAGAGUCUGUCCGCUGUGAGGGUAAAGAGAGAGCAAAGGGAAAGCCACCUCCGACGCUCUAUCGUCGUCAUCGACCCGGACACAGGCAAAGAGAUGAGGCCUGAGGAAGCAUUCAAGCUGGGGCUGAUCGACUGGAAGAUGUUCGUCAACCUCCAGAGUCAGGAAUGCGACUGGGAAGAGAUCACUGUCAAGGGGCCAAACGGAGAGUCGUCUGUUCUUCACGACAGGAAAUCGGGUAUAAAGUUCUCCAUCGACGACGCCCUGAAGUCCGGAAACAUCACCAAACGCCAGCUGCAGCAGUACCAGAACAAAGAAAUCACCAUUCAAGAGUUCGGUAUCCUCGUUUCUGGAAAGAGCAUCUAACAGCAUAAGAAAUCUGUCUGCUUCACGUUUUGUCUCUUUAUUUACUGUAAUAAUAAGCUGUCGGUUCUGUUUUUCUGAUUAAGCACAAGUUCAGCUUUUUUCCAAAGCUUUCAGAAAUGGGCACUAUAUAUAUUUAUUUACAUCUACUCGGGCUAAUGGGGAGAAUAUUACCCAACACUUCUUCUUCUUCUUCUUAAAGAGUCGAUAUAUUCUCGUACAGCAGGGUGAAAGUUAUCUGAUACAUACCAGAAAUAUUUUUGCUGAUAUUGAAGAUGAAUUAUCACGCUAACUAAUGAUCUGUUUCCAAAACCUGAGUGUCUGAUGUUUCUAAAUAAAAAGCUAUGUGUGGGAAACUGAGCUAAUGUGUCUGGUGUUCUUUCUUGAUUUCAUUUGCAUUUGGUCAUUCUAAUAGCCUGAUCAUGAUUUAUUAUUUACAGUAUAUUCCAACAGCACUGAUGUUCUCAAAGAAGGUCAUGAAACCCAAGAAACAAUGUAAUACAGGAAGUCGUGUAUGCAUUUACACCUUCUUAUUUACAGCUUCUCAGAAACAUACAACAAUAAAUCAUGUUGUUACUUGUGUCGUAACAUACAAUUACAUUCAAUAAUGUUGAAUAUAG